AUGGACGAGCAGAAGGUUGGACUUCCCCUGGAAAGCUUGGAGAGGGGCGAGCCGUCUACGCCUCCCGACAAGCGCGAUGGCGGUUACGGCUGGGUCGUAGCGCUCGCUCUGAUGGCAUUGAAUGCAGUAACAUGGGGUAUCAACGGAGUAUAUGGCGUAUAUAUAUCCUUCUAUCUGCAAACCAACCACUUUGCGGGCGGGACACCGUUUACUUUCGCCUGGAUCGGGGGCUUAUCGGUCGCCACCGCAUUCGCCAUCACCCCAGUCUCAGCAGCUCUUAGCGGUCGGAUAUCUUAUCGAAGGCAGUACCUACUAGCUGCGUUCUGCGCUGUACUUGGCCAGAUCCUCGGGGGAUUGACGAGGACGUACACUGUUCUGGCGCUGACUCAGGGUGUGCUCUUUGGGCUGGCUCUCGGACUUGUCUUCUCGCCCUCUCAGAUGCUCCUGGCGGAAUGGUUCGAUACCCGCCUCAAUCUUGCUCAAGGCAUCUUCCAAGCCGGAUCCGGUCUCGGCGGUCUCAUCUUCGCUCAAACAACCCGUCUCGCGCUGGACAAGGUCGGUAUACGGUGGUCCCUCAUCAUCCAUGGUCUUGUGUCGCUCGUCGUAUCACUCUUGAGUGUCGCUGCGAUUCGACCGGGCGGGGCGGGGGCGGGGGCUCGUCAGACAUUCCGCUGGUCCAUCCGGAUACCGCAUCCCCUUGCUCUCACUUGCCUGUGCUUUUGGGGCGCUACAUCUUUAAUGUCCUUCUUCAUCUCCCUCUUCACUCUCGCUCUGUACGCCACCGAUGGACUCGGCCUCUCCCAACAACAAGGCGCUAUCGUUCAGUCCGUCCUCGCUGCCAGCAUGCUCGUCGGUCGUCCUAUCUGUGGUCUCGUCUCGGACCGGUACGGCAGUCUCAACGUCUCCUUUCUCGCCACCUCGAUCGCCGGUAUCGCCUGCCUUUCGCUCUGGCUACCGUCUCGGUCCCUCGCGGUGCUCUUGGUCUUUGCGACUGUCCAAGGGGCCGUGGCGGGGACCACUUGGAGCGCUGCCACCCCACUCGCUGCGGCCGUCGGAGGUCACCAACACGCUCGCGCCACUAUCGCGCUUUUCUGGACCAUCAUGGCGAUACCGGCAGUGGCCGCUCAACCUAUCGCUAUCGCUCUAGCCCAGUUUUCGAGGGGCAGCUUGGGCAGAGAAGGGGCGGAGGUGUACCAAAUCAGUAUUGGCGUAUGUGGCGGACUUGCUUUGAGCGCAGGUGUAUUGUUGCUUGGUGUCAAGCGUUGUAUGAACCAGUCGAUAAGAUGA